CAGCCCAAACUCCACGACGCCUCAACCGCGGGGCCCUUUUUUGCCUGCACUUCUGAGAUCUACCUUGACCUCCUGCACACCGAACCCUACCCGCUUCUUGUUUCAAUUGGAUCUUUUCUAUUAGACUUGUAUCUUCUGCCUUCCUUCCAUUUAUUUUCCACCUCCCGUCUAAACCUGUCCUUCAGGUUCUCUCUAUUCGCCAUGGCGUCUACUCACAACUCCAAGCAGCGCCUGGCGCUCGCUAUCUGCGAUUUCCUCUCCGCUUCGACAAACGACGGUACUCUCACCGCCGACGACAAGGACUCCAUCGAUGUGGCUAUCAACUGUAUCGCCGAAUCCUUCAAGGUCGAUCCCUCCGAUACCUCCGCUGUCCAAGCCGCCAUCGGAUCUCAGAACCUCCUCCAGAUCUACUCUGUCUUCGAGAAGGCCCGCGCCGACAAGCCCGCCGCCGCUGCGCCUACACCCGCACCCGUCGAGCUCACCGACGAGCAGAAGAAGGAGGCCGAGGCCCUGAAGUCAAAGGGAAAUGCUGCCAUGGCACAGAAGGACUACCGUGCUGCCAUCGACUUCUACACCCAGGCUCUGGCUAUCAACGCCAACAACGCUGUCUACCUCUCCAACCGCGCCGCUGCCCACUCGGCCAACAAGGACCACGCUUCCGCCCGCUCUGACGCCGAGGCUGCCGUAGCCAUCGACCCCGCUUAUACCAAGGCCUGGUCCCGACUUGGUCUUGCUCGCUUCGCCCUAGGCGACGCUCGUGGUGCUAUGGAGGCCUACGACCGCGGUAUCCAGCAUGAAGGUAACGGUGGCUCUGACGCUAUGAAGAAGGGCUACGAGACGGCCAAGCGACGUGUUCAAGAGAUGGAGGCUGAGGAGGACUCUCUUCCCCGUGCUUCUCCUAGCGCCGGUGGUGAUCUCGGAGCUGGUGGCAUGCCCGAUCUUGGUAACCUUGCCAGCAUGUUUGGCGGUGGUGGUGCUGGUGGCCAGGGCGGUGGUAUGCCCGAUCUCGGUAGCAUCAUGAGCAACCCAAUGUUCGCAAACAUGGCCCAGAAGCUCAUGAGCAACCCUGACCUUAUGAACAACCUCAUGAGCAACCCCCGUCUACGCGAGAUGGCCGAUCGCUACUCUACUGGUGGUGGUAUGCCUGAUCUGAACAGCCUCAUGUCCGAUCCUCAGAUUGGAGAGAUGUAAGUUACCCAUUUUGCUCCCGUCACUAUUCAUAGUCACUGACUCAAUCUUCAGGGCCCGAAACAUGAUGGGCGGUG